UAUUUACUCUGGUUAAUAAUAUUAAUGACGGAAAUGUAUAGUUGAAGGUUGAAGAAGAACAGAGAAAGAGAAACUAAGGACGGAAGGGAAGAACGAAGAAGAAAUCAGCAGAGUUUUGAAUUGAGUUGAGAAACUGGAUAAUAAUGCCUUUGAGCCGUUACCAGAUAAAGAAUGAAUACGGAUUGGCCGAUCCAGAGCUUUAUGGAGCAGCUGACAAAGAUGAUCCUGAAGCUAUACUUGAAGGUGUGGCCAUGGCUGGUCUAGUCGGUCUCUUGCGUCAGUUAGGAGAUUUAGCCGAGUUUGCUGCAGAAAUAUUUCAUGACUUACAUGAAGAAGUAAUGGCUACUGCUUCCAGAGGUCAUGGUCUAUUGGUUCGUGUUCAACAGCUUGAAGCAGAUCUUCCUUCUAUUGAGAGGACAUUAUUAUCCCAGACCAGCCAUUCAUAUCUCCUUUAUAAUUCAGGUAGUGACUGGCAUCCUAACCUGCGGAUGGAGCAGAAUCUGAUCACACAAGGCGAUUUUCCACGGUUCAUUAUGGACUCUUAUGAAGAAUGUCGUGGUCCUCCCAAACUAUUCCUUCUAGACAGGUUUGAUGUUGCUGGUGCUGGUGCAUGUUUGAAACGUUACACUGAUCCAUCUUUUAAGGUUGAUGGACUGGAAAAUUCUGAAAAUCAUAGGGAAAACAAGACAAGAAAAGCUAAGAAGAAAGGAUCCCAAUGGAUGAAUGGAGGAACCCCCCAAGCCUUGCCAAAAGGGCAGACUAGGUUGCAUGACUUGCUUCAAGAAGAGAGAGUCGGAGGUCAUCUUAACGUCCCUGCACCUCAUGUAAAAUUGAAGAGAAGACUGAGUGAAUUUCCUUGUAAUUUGAAAAGUGGAGGAAGUUACAUGGAGAAAUUCUUGAAAAUAAAUUCGAAAGAGCUUGAUUUGGUUAGUGAAACAUCUGUUAGUUACACACCUCUGGUGCCUUGUAAUGGAGGUUCGUCAUCAACGGUUGAGGAAUUUUAUGUCAACAACGUAAGUAGGGAAGAGGUAUCGCAUAAAAGAAGGUCAUCUUCAUCUUCAGAGAUAUACGCCACUCUACCGAAACCAUCAAUUUAUCAGUUGCCCAUGGAAGCUAAUUAUGAACUCUCAGGGAUAACAACGGACUCGAGUUCUGAACUGUACGACACUUUCUUCCCUCAUCAACAGGCUGAUGAAAAGGAAAUAGAAGUUGAUGGAGAAAGAAAAAUGGAAGGCAGCACUGCUAAUAGUUACCGGUCAGAUGAAAUUGUUAGUGAUGUUGACAAUUACAUGGAUGCCCUUGCUACAAUUGAUUCUGAUAUUGAAUCAGAUAUUGAGUACAAAAACAGUAAUAAAUACUUGCAUAAUGUUGAAGAUUCAAGUAAGCUGCAAGAAAAUCUGUCCGACUUGCCAGACUCUGAACCUGUUGGAAGUUUCAGUAGUUUAACAGAUAAUGAGAACCUUUCUUCCAGCGAAGAGCUAUCUGAACUAUCAUCCGAUGGUAUUGAAUCUAGUGAUUAUGGAAUAGUCGAAGAUGUUCAUAGGUUAUCUGAACAGACUUUAGAUGAUUUGGAAAGUAUGUACAAUGACAUUGGGGAAGAACAACAACAGACUUCUAGUUCACGUCGUACAGAUUCAUAUCCUGUUACGUUAUCAUUUGAUCUUGAAGGAAGUUUAGAAGGUGAUGCAUUUGAGCAUUCAGAAUCCAGUGAAGUAUAUUAUACUAAUAAUGACCUUUUUGUUCCUUCAGAUGCAGCUCAAAAUUUUCUCCAUGUAUCCUCUUCUGAAAACCAUCUAGACGAUCAAGAUCAAGCUGUUACUUCACCUAUUCUUAUAAAAACCGUACAGAGUGAAAUCAGUAACUAUGCAGAUUUCACCGAAAAUUCUACUGAAGGAGACAAUGCAGGAGAUGUUCCACCUUCAAAAGAUUUGAUGAAUACUGUGACAGAAGAACCUGAUAUUGACGUGAAGGAUUCUUUUGAAAGUUACAUGAAUCCAUUCCAUUUCUCUUUUUUGCAUAUAGAUGUGAAACCUCAACCGAUUGUUGCACGGGGGGGAGAAAAGCAACUUGAAUUUUCUGUAUUGUAUGAAGAAGAGCAACCUGGAUUGGUUGUUCCACAGUCAGAAGACGAGAAGCCUCAAAUGUUGGUUUCACAUGCUGAAGAACAGCAUCAGUUUGCUGUUUCACAUUUAGAAGAAGAAUCCCAAUCGGUGCUAUCAUACACAAAGGAAGACCAUAAUCAAUUGUCUGUAUCAAACAAAGAAGAGCAGACCCAAUUGGUUGUUGUGGACAUAGAAAUGCAGAGGAACCCAUUGGAUACACAAGCCGAAGAACAAUCUCAAUUGACAUCGUCACAAGAAGAAUACCCUCAAUUAUCACCAUCACAAGCUGAAGAAGAGCAGCUUCAAUUGAUAACAUCAUCAACAGAAGAACCUUCCCCAGAAAGUUUAGAUACUGUUUCUCCAGUUAACCUUCGCCUAGCAGAUGAUGGAGAAAAUGUUAGCAUCUCUUCUGAUUUCUUCAUGGAUAGGAGAGAUUUUGUCCAAGAUGAUGCUCUAAAUUUGGAAUACUCUCCCUUAGUUCUUUGUGCUGAAGCUACAAACACGGAACAAUCAAAGACCACGACGGCAGUUUCCAUUUCUUGUGAUAGGGACGAUGUUUGUUUGUCAACAAUUUCGGUAGAAGAAUCUCAUCCUGUUGUACAAUCUUUUCCAUCGUCAUAUUUUCUGGUUAAACCUGAAGAAAUCAGGGUUCCUUCAAUUUCAACAUUUCCCAGGUUCAGUCUUCCAGGUCCAUCUCAUAACAUGUUCGAUGAAAUGCCUCCCCUACCACCACUUCCUCCAGUUCAGUGGCGAACACCAAAGUUUCAGCAUGCUCCCUCACCUCAAGAUAUCGAUCCUCCGAUGAUGUCAUCAUUGGAUCAUGAAACAAAAAUCCCACACCCAUUCUCAACUUUCUUCUCUAUGAAAGACGAAGUAUCUCAUCAUGAGUUCAAUUUGUCCUCAGUAUCAAUAAAAGAUUCUCCCAUUUCAGAGGAGUCCCAUUUAAACCCAGGGCCAAUGGUGAAUGAGGAAGAUAAUAGUUUACAGGAGAAACCGAUUGAACCUUUAGACGGUUUAGCUCCAGAAACGAGCUCAGAGAACGAGAAGUUGUCACUGUCUGUAAAGACUACGGAACAGACAUCAACCAAUAUGAAUGAUGAGAAACCAUCACUGUCGGUUUCUUAUUCAUCAAGUAUAUUAGCUCCAGAAACGAGCUCAGAUAACGAGAAGUCGUCACUUACUGUAACAACUGUGGAGCAGACAUCAACCAAUAUGAAUGAUGAGAAACCACCACAGUCCGUUUCUUAUUCAUCAAGUAUAUUAGCUCCAGAAACGAGCUCAGAGAAUGAGAAGUCGUCACUUUCUGUAACAACUGUGGAGCAGACAACCAAUAUGAAUGAUGAGAAACCACCACAGUCCGUUUCCUAUUCAUCAAAUAUAUUAGCUCCAGAAACGAGCUCAGAGAAUGAUAAGUCGUCACUGUCUGUAACAACUGUGGAGCAGACAUCAACCAGUAUUAAUGAUGAGAAAUCACCACAAUCAGCUUCUUAUGCAUCAAGUAUAUUAGCUCCAGAAACGAGCUCAGAGAAUGAGAAGUCGUCACUGUCUGUAACAACUGUGGAGCAGACAUCAACCAAUAUGAAUGAUGAGAAACCAUCACAGUCGGUUUCUUAUUCAUCAAGUGUAUUAGCUCCAGAAACGAGCUCAGAGAAUGAGAAGUCGUCGUGGUAUGUAACAACUAUGGAGCAGACAUCAACCAAUAUGAAUGAUGAGAAACCACCACAGUUGGUUUCUUAUUCAUCAAGUAUAUUAGCUCCAGAAACGAGCUCAGAGAAUGAGCAGUCGUCACUGUCUGUAACAACUGUGGAGCAGACAUCAACCAAUAUGAAUGAUGAGAUACCACCACAGUCGGUUUCUUAUUCAUUAAGUAUAUUAGCUCCAGAAACGAGAUCAGAGAAUGAGAAGUCGUCACUGUCUGUAACAACUAUGGAGCAGACACCAACCAAUAUGAAUGAUGAGAAACCACCACAGUCGGUUUCUUAUUCAUCAAGUAUAUUAGCUCCAGAAACGAGCUCAGAGAAUGAGAAGUCGUCACUGUCUGUAACAACUAUGGAGCAGACAUCAACCAAUAUGAAUGAUGAGAAACCACCACAGUCGGUUUCUUAUUCAUCAAGUAUGUUUUCUGAUCCACUUCCAGAGGUUGCGGAUGAACAAUUAAACGGAGGUCUACAUAAGAAACUUCCACGACCUAGAAAUCCUCUAAUUGAUGCUGUUGUUGCCCUUGAUAAAACCAAGUUGCGAAAAGUAACAGACAGGAUUAUGCCUGCAAUUGGCCAAAAGGUUGAUGAAAGAAAUUCAUUCCUGGAAGAAAUAAGAUCAAAAUCUUUCAACUUGAGACCUACGGCAGUGGCACGACCCAGCAUUCAGGGUCCUAAUAAGACAAAUUUAAGAGUUGCCGCAAUAUUGGCAAAAGCAAACUCGAUUCGACAGGCACACGCUGGAAGCGAUGAUGACGACGACGAUGAGGAUAGCUGGAGCGAUUAAUAAAAUCAACCAACCAACCAACCGCAUAAUGUGCAUAAGGUAUCGUUUGAAACGAGAAUUUGUGUAAUCAAAACAUGCUUGAAAGAGUCUCCAAGGCCCAUUUGUCAUGGAGAGGAGAGGUUAGUAAUAGUAUGUAUUGCUAAUGGUUCUUAGUACUAGUUAGAUUGGAGUGUCAAUAAUUUAAUGAAUUAUAAGUUUCCUUAAUUGUAUAUUUUCUUGUAACUGUAUAAAUAAUAUUAUGGAGAAGCUGAGGACCAAAUAAUUUCUUAAUUA